AUGUUAAAUAUCAAUAGAUUUAAUAAUAUUACAAGAUCAUAUUAUUGUUAUGGUCAUCAUCCAAUUAGAUCAUCGCUAAUAACCAGCAUUCAUCGUCAUAGUUAUAGUCCACAAUCUCAUAGAAACAACUACUCUUCUGACAGUAGUAAUAAUGAUGAUGAUAGUGGUGGUAGUGGUAAUGAUGAUUUUCAAUCUUAUGUAUCUAUAAGUACUGUAACUACUACAACUGAUAGUAAUAGUAAUAAUUUUUAUAAUAAUUAUAAUAGUAGUAGUUAUAAUAACAGUAAAUCAAACUUUAAUAAUAAAAAUUUAAAUCUAUCGGUUACAUUACCAAAGAUCAUUAAAGUAAAGAAACCAAGAUCGGUCAACACUAUUUUGAAACAAAUACAAUUGGAGCAAGAACAACAACAACAACAAUUAGCUAUUCCCAAACAAAUACAAUUUCAAAGAAAACAACAACAACAACAAAAACAACAACAACAACAACAGAAUCUUUCUACUUUUGACAUGUUAGCACAAAAUGAUAUGAUAAAUAAAAAACAACAACAACCACCUUUACAAUCAAACAAAGAAAACAUCAAUGAUCUAAUGAAAGAUGGAAUGAAAAAUGCAAUUAUACAAUCUAUUUUUAGUAGUUCAGUUACUUCGUCGUCGUCAUCAUCAUCAGCAUCAACAUCAACAACAAACCCAAUUUCAACUGUAAAUAACAACAACAACAACAACAUUAGUGAAAUGUCUGAAAAUGGAAAUUUGAAAAACGAAUCAUUAGAAUCAACUACUACAACAACAACCACCACAACCACAACAACUAAAAAGAAAAGAUCAAGAAAACAACAAAAAGAUGAAGAGAUUGAUUAUGAUCUAUCGGAGAAACUUACAGCGGAGCAAGAGAGUAUCGUUAAUUUGAUUGUCGAAGGCAAGAAGAAUGUAUUCUUCACUGGUAGUGCCGGUACAGGUAAAUCGUUUGUUCUCAAACACAUUGUGCAUCGUCUGCGACAGAAACACGAGAAUCAAGUGUAUGUAACCGCUGCCACCGGUAUUGCUGCUGUAAACAUUGGUGGUGUCACUCUACACUCGUUUGCCGGUAUCAAAAUGGGACAUGGAACCAUAGACCAACUCACCAUAAACAUUCUCAAAUCGAAACUGUACACCAAGCGAUGGACCGACGCCAAAGUGCUGGUCAUCGAUGAAAUAUCGAUGAUUAACGCUGAGCUUUUCGAAAAACUAGAUGCCAUUGCCAAAGUAAUAAGAUUCAAUGAUGAACCCGUAAUUUGGAGGAUUACAAUUGGUGUUGUGUGGAGAUUUCUUUCAGUUACCGCCGGUCGUUGGAAACUGGCGUGGGCACUCACCAUACAUCGCGCACAAGGUAUGACACUCGACAAGGUGGAGUGUAAAUUGGAGAAGACUUUUGCCAACGGACAAGGAUACGUAGCGUUGUCACGUGUCAAAACUUUGGACGGACUCUAUCUUCAAAGCUUCAAAAAGACAUCGAUCCGUACCAGUCUCAAAGCGAUCCAAUUCGAAAGGAAAUAUCUCAAACAGAUUUCCAAACUCACCAAAGAUUCAACUCCAAAGAAAUUUCAUAUAAAAUAUUAA